ACCUCAUGUCGAGUUUGACAGCUUCCAACUUUUCAUUUCGAAUCUUUGGCGUUCAAAGUAAGUUUAGUGAUAUUAAACUCUAGGCCUGAGCUGUUGACAACGCUCCCAUCGUUCCCACUUACUACCAACAGGCCUUUCUCUUCAACCUAACGAAACUAUGGUUUUCAUCACCAAAGAUAUACAGGCUCGCCGUUCUGUAGACCUCAGUGUCUUCGACCCUAUGGUCCUUCGGGAUCAAAUGGCUGUCGAAUCUGUCUGGAGCAGUUUCGAACACAAGCUUUUUGAUCCCGGGGUCGAUAAGGAGCGAGUACUAAAUGAUAUCCUGGAGUAUCCCCGCUUGUUCGAGUUUAUUUUCUCCUCUAUUAGUUCCGCUUCUGCGGAGUACCUGCAGGCGUUCAUCGUUCAGAGCUUCCCCGCAUCUGCAUCGGGAUUCGUGGCCUCCAUCGCUGCGAGGCUCUUGUCUCAAAUAUCUCUUUUCAUGACGUCUUUGGAUCUUAUACCAGAUGCAGCCACCUCGUUCCGCACUGUGCAGCUUGCAGCUCCCGUGUUGAGCGUUAUCUCUGCUUCAUUUCCUGGAUGCGAUGAGUCGCCAAUUUCUCCGGUUUCACCUGUGAGCCCUGUUAGCCUAAGUAGGAAAGGAACUUCGCAGCGCGAAAAGAAGAAGGAGGCACGCGAGAAACGACGCAGUAUUGCUGAUAGCAAGCCAUUCAAGGACCUUGGUUUGGAUGUACCUGAAUCAAAGGAGGAAGCGGAGUCCCUCGUCAAUGAAAUAUUGCUAGGUCAAAGACGCAUUCUUGAACAUUAUCUUGAUGUCCUUCGAAGGCCAGCUUUGGCGGAGUCAAUCAGACUUGCAUAUAUUCCUACCAUUAUUUCUCAGCCAGAACCUACGAUCGCGUCAAAUGAUACUGUGGUACCUAACGCUACUGAAGAGUUGACAGCUGCAACAAUCGAGUCAACACCCUCGGUCUAUCCAAGGGUGCAACCGCUCAGAGCUGCGUUGCACUUCGAUACGCCGGAAGGUUUCGGCGACUGGCGAAUUCUUAUACCAUCCAAUGCGAACCGAGAUUUACGUGAUGCGAGAAAGAAGAAUGCAGUGUUGUUCGAAAUCAUCGUGAAGAAGAUAAAGGAGCUUUCCAACGGUCAGUUUUCUCCUGACAACCACAAGAGGUUGAACAGAGGAACGACAAACAUUCCGGUAUAUGAGGCAAAGAUGACCAGAGAUUCCCGGCUUGUAUAUCAAAUUGAUUGCGAACGUGAUUUCGAGACCGGUGUUGACCGUCAAGUCAUUCGGAUCUUCGGCAUCUAUACGCACACCCAACUGGAUAGGUUCGACUGGGAGGUCUUGGGCGCACGACUUGCAAAGAGAGGAAAUGAAUAUCGUGAACGUUGCAAAGUCCGUGAUCAACCCAAUCAGCCCAGGAAUCAUGUCAUAUCUCCUGCGUCUUUCCCACCUCAAGCCGAAGGCGCACAGCAAGAGCUAAGGCUUCAAAUCCCGGGUUGUCGCAGCGAUGAUAAAGAGGAGAUUUCAGUUAUGUUGGAGAAAUUUGUAGCAUUCUCUCAGGCAUUUUUGAAUGGCGUUCUAGCGGGUGAAGAAGGAGCACACGUGUUCCAAAUGUCAGCGACGGAGCAAGAGAUCGUCAAACAUAUCGGGUCUUCGUAUGUCUUGGGCCGUAGCGGCACUGGCAAAACUACGACAAUGAUCUUCAAAAUCCUUGGUAUCGAGAGGGCGUGGCAAGACACAAGGGACGCCCUGGCUGGAAGUGUCCCGAAGCCUCGUCAGAUCUUCGUCACACAGUCGAGGAUGCUGGCAGAGAAAGUCGAAGAAUACUACGAGAAGGUCUCUAUGUCGCAAGGAGUCGGACGUGCUGUUGGACGACGAACACGUAUUCACGUCAACGUUGAUGAAGAACGUGAUUGGGGACAGGACCUUCCAAGCAGAUUUAGUGAACUUCAGGACGAGCAUUUCCCGCUGUUCCUCACCUUUGAUCAUCUCUGCAAGAUGCUCGAGAAUGACUUCGAUUUGAGACAGUGUUACUCCGGAGAAGGCCCUCUAAUCAAUCACUUGUCGGAACGCCAGGCGUCAUGUGUAUCGUACCGGAAAUUCAAAAGCUCGUACUGGCCCCAUUUCCCGCAGACCUUAACGAAGGUAUUAGAACCAUCACUGGUGUUUGCAGAGUUCAUGGGUAUCAUCAAGGGCUCUGAAAAGUCCCUACUAUCCCCCACUGGAUAUCUCUGUCGAGAAGAUUAUCUGGCCCUCAGUCGUCGCACUGCUGGCAUGUUUGCUACACAGCGAGAGCAACUGUAUGAUCUCUUUGAGGGUUUUCUUCGCCUGAAACGAAAACGUGAAGAGUAUGAUGCUGCUGACCGCACCAGGGCUCUUCUACAAGCACUCAAUGAGCAUGGCAUCCCCGGCAAGAAAGUGGACUUCUUAUACGUUGACGAGGCCCAGGACAACUUGCUCAUUGAUGCGUUAGUCGCUCGUAGCAUAUGCGGAAAUGCAGAUGGGUUGUUCUGGGCAGGAGACACAGCUCAGACGAUAUCUGCAGGAAGUGCUUUCAGAUUCAAAGAUCUGAAGGCCUUUCUUUACCGCAUAGAGAAAGCAUGUCGCGCAGAUUCACCCAAGAACUUCAGGAAAGCCGUUCAGCCCAAAGCAUUCCAGUUGGCGAUCAACUAUCGCUCUCAUGGCGGUAUCGUCAGUUUUGCUCAGACUGUCAUACACAUCAUCACACAGUUCUGGCCACAUUCGAUUGACAUCCUUGCGGAAGAAAGAGGAGUUGGCGACGGUGUUAAGCCAAUCAUGUUCAGUGGAUGGGACGAACAUUCAAUACGAUUUGAACAAUUCUUGUUUGGCACUUCCGACAACAUUGUAGAGUUCGGAGCUACUCAAUGUAUUUUGGUCAGAGACGAAGCAGCGCGAGAUGAACUGCGUUCGCGAGUAGGAAACAUAGGGAUGAUCAUGACACUCCCCGAAAGCAAAGGUCUUGAAUUCAAUGACGUUCUUCUUUAUAACUUCUUUCAAGACUCGGAUCUCGCGCUUUCACAAUGGCGCAUCGUCCUGAACAUCCUUCAACAAGAUGAUUUUGGCCAGCCAUCUCAGUUAGUUGACACACGACACAAUGUAGUUUGCCGAGAGCUGAAAUUUCUCUAUGUCGCAAUUACGCGUGCACGACAUAAUGUGUGGAUAGCAGACUGCUCUGACAAGGGCAAUCCGAUGAGGGACGUCUGGCUUUCGCGUGAACAAGUACAAAUAUGCACGCCCGCUGAUGAAGUCCCCAAACUGGCAGUAUCCUCUGCACAAGAGGAAUGGGCGGAGGCUGGUCAUAUGCUAUUCAAGAAUGGAACAUACAGACAAGCUGUGCAUUGCUAUGAACGCGCAGGGUUGUAUAGAGAGAGAGACGUUGCCAUCGCCUACGAUCUCCGACAGUCGGCUUUAUCUCUACCAGUCACAUCUGACAGCCGGGAUGGGGCUCUUGUGGAAGCAGCUGAGGCUUUCGUCAGCUGCGCCGCAGCGUCUUCACAGCCGGAGGAGGUGAAGGAAUACUAUCGUCUUGCUGCGGGAUGCUUCGCAGAGGCAAAUGUUCACCAGCGAGCCGCUGAAGCAUAUCGCUCUGCAGAAGACUACACUGAAUCUGCCAAGGCUUACCGAAAAGCUGAAAUGUUUGAUGACGCUGUCCAAAUCGUUCAUGAGCACGAUGCGGAUGUUGAUCCCACAGCCGCCGAGUCCAUCAUAGCCGUUGCGAAACUUCACUACUUCAGGGAGCAUCAAGUACAACGAGCUGGCAGGCUAUUUGCAUGUCAAGAUGAAGCCAUAGAAUACACCGAAGAUUUCGGCUUCAAUAUGGCCAAAGUAGAACUUCUUGAAAAUAUGGGCCAAGUUUUGGAUGCCGCAGAGCUCCAUGCCGCCGAAGGUCGCUUUGUUCAGGCUAUUAACCUGAUGCUACGGAGACCUGAAGACCCGAUACAUGGGAAACAAGCGGUUCAAUACCUGCUUGCUGGACUUUGGCGCUUUUUCUCGUUUGCUACGACAUCUCAAUGCGAUACCACCGAAGAACAAGCUAGAUCGAUUCUCGAACUUGCUGAUCAAGUUCUACAAUCGUGUUCUCCGUCCGGGCAUGAACGCCUUCAGAUUGUCAUUUUCCAAGCUAUCGCACGUCGUGAUGUGGAUUCAUUGCGCCGUCUUGCCUUCCAAAUCCACCAGGAGUUUAACGACACGUUCACCACAUUACUUUGUCUCGAUCACGUCUUCAAUGAAUCACUAGCCAUCCCUCGCAGCGCAACCUGCCACGAGAUCUCGUCAGUGUUGGAAGCCUUUUUAGUAUAUGUCCGGCAGUUAGAGAAGGUGGCCUACUUAUCAGAUCCAUGCAACGUCAUUGGAAUGCAGCGAUUGUUUGCCUUUCAAAAGCCAGAUGAAGACUUGGUCGUCGUUGCUGCAGGAACCUUUUUACAUCCCAUCGCACGUCAAAAUGCUAUCUCUGUACUGGGGACAUCUGUCGGAGACGAUAUCACCAUGCGGGCAUGCGACUUUUCCGUCAUGCUUCAACAUACCAUACGGGAUCGUCUCAGGGAACGCGUUUAUCAUGAAAAUGGGCAGUGUCGUUCAAGUGCAAACUUGUUCCCUUGCUCACUGUUUGCCCUCUUCGGAGAGUGUAAACUCCUUAGUUGCCAGAAAAGUCACAUAGCAUCUGUUAUGGCCAAUCAAUCAUUCAAUAUCCGGGUACGCAUAUGUUGUCAGCAAAUUCUCAUCUAUCAAACGUUGCACUCUCUAGAAGGACGUAGUAGGCAACUUGCAGCACGAAGGUUCUGGCUGGAUGCAUUGUAUGGAAACCUUUAUCCUAUCCAUCCUAUGUUAGGGUCCAUUUCAAUCGUGGACUGGACCACAAUACCCGAGGCUCCAAGAGCCAUUCAGGUCGCAAAUGACUGGGUGCAGGAUCGACUGUAUUCGUUGAGGCCUGAUAUUCAAUAUACUGCACAAUAUUUCCUGACUACCUUCCUGGAAACAUCUACCCUUGCAUUCUCCCUAAAUCAUGUCAAUGCUCAGAGGUACUUGGGCCGCAUACCCUGUGUUCGAACUCGGAUGCCCCGGUCGGAACUUCUUCGUGACGGGCAACGCUACAUCGUACAUGAUCUUCUGCAGGCGCUUGAUGGGUCUGGCAGGUUGCCGAUUUCUGCGGGAAUUCUCUUCAUACAGCAGAUUUGUGCAUCAAGGCACCAUCUUGACCUUAGUGCUUUGUGUACCUUCAUUGAAUUUAUUUUCGGCUCUUUCGUGAUCGCGCAUAGGAUCCGAAUGAAUGCAACGCUACACAACACCAUUCUACCUCGGGCUUGGCUUAUAACAUUACCCACUGACCCAUCUGUCGCUUCGCGAGACACUUCUCGUCAUUGGGCCUUAGCUCUCUUGCGAUCGGUACAGGACCUCUUGGGUGAUAUUUAUUCUGAAGGAAACUUUGAGCAUCUUAUGUCCAAUAAGCACGCGUGGUACAUGAAAAGUUCGUGGCAAGCUAUCAAUGUCAUGGUCUUGCGUAUAUUCAGAGCGCUGUGUUUAUUUGGAUGCAACAUUCCGUUCUUCCGCUCGCAUGUUCUACAGAUGAUUUGCAGCGUAUAUAAUCCUGAUCGCUUUAUUCCGCUGUUGCACAUACGAUAUGUCACUGCGAAAGGUUGGGACGACCUUUGGUCUGCGUUACGCAAGACGAAUACUCAAUUCUCUUCUCCUUUCGAUGAGUUGAUCCUGCUGAAGGAUAUCACAAAAGGACCCGCUCACUCGCUCUCUGGUAUUCGCACCAUUGCGUACACAAGCUUACACGAUGCUCUCAUGAAUCUCCGAGGCGGUUCUCACGGUCCCUUCCAUUUACCCGGAAAUGUAUCCGCUCCCCCAGUCGCGAACGAACAGGAGAAUGUUUUGACGAGCGACUCUCAAGGCAGGAACAUAUCUGUAGACACUAUAGCCAUGACUGAGCUCCUUGACCGAGAUGAACCCCAAGAUGAUCCUAAGCCGAGUGUCCAUUUCCUUCCAAGGAAGGAGAAUAUCGACGCAGCCAAGAUCAUUCAGAGAGCAGUCCGGCGUUUCCUACGCCGUCGUUUGGAUGAGGAAAUUCGGGCUGCUUGUCUCAUCCAGUACACAUAUCGUCGAUAUCGGGCCAGUCGCCAGACACGGCUGAGCGGCAUUGCCGAAGCAAGAAAGCGUUGGUUCGAGAGUUGUCUAAUGACAUGCGGGGAUCUUCGCAAACCAUACAGGUACUACGUCCUUGGACCUCUACCUCACGCUUUGGUAUGCCUGGAGAAGGUCAAUGGAUAUGCAUCGGACGAGAAAGCCAAAGCCAAACGACGGCUCACUGACAGAUAUUCACAACUCGAGAAAGUGAACGAGGAAUUAGAUAGGAGCAGUCGUAUGUACAAACAAGUCACACAGUUGCAGCAGCUCCUGGCACCUGCGUCGGACUUUCAUCGCGCUCAGGACAUAGGGAAACUGAGGGAGCAAGUGCAGCGGAUAGAAGUUUUAGUGAAAAGCUUGCCCAAAGAUGCCGUGAAGGAGUGGAAGUUGGACUUCAGGUUGGCUAUAAGAGGUAUCGUACAGAAAGCAGCUCCCUCCAAGCAGAAGAACGUGAAGAAGGCUAAACCCGUAUUGAAUACGGAGGAUCUUGACGAACUGUAUUUCUAGUCAGCUGUCGCAAGACAUGAAUUAUGCACACUUUUUUCUUGGUAAGACUGGAAUGUGAUUGGUUCAGAACGUACUGCUACACUAAAAGUACAGUGUCUAACGUCGGAAAAUUAAGGUAUACGAAUAGACUCAGCAAUGACAC